CGAAGAGAUCAGCUCAGCUGAUGUACCGGGAUAGCUGUGUAAAAGACGAACAUACAAAACAAAAAAUACAGCCGAUUUGUUUAUCGUAUUACUAACCUCAAUCUGAUUCUGAAAUGCUAGAACUUCAUCACGGAAGACUGAUCACAUUAUUAUUGAUUCACUCCCAGCACAGUGUUACCAAUCUGAAAUGUAUCAGGCAGCUGUAAUUGGCCUUGGUCUUUCCCAUUCACUACUGAAACCUGUUGGAAUACUUUCUCUUCAUUCCUUCUCAAGGAUUAGGAUAGAAAGUUUCUCUACCUCUUCAGUUUUACUUAGGAAAAUGGCUCUGUCACCCAAACUUACAGGUGAGGACAGGGAGUCACACUUAAAACCUCUUUUACAAAAGCAGUGGGUCCUGGAGGAUGGGAAGGACGCAAUUCACAAAGAUUUUCAGUUUAAAGACUUCAACCAGGCAUUCAGCUUCAUGACCCGUGUAGCACUGCUGGCUGAGAAGAUGGAUCAUCAUCCAGAAUGGUUCAAUGUCUACAACAAAGUCAAGGUCACACUGUGGAGUCACGAUGUUCAGGGGCUGAGUCAACGGGACAUCAAGAUGGCCACUUUCAUGGAGACUGUCGCUGCAUCCUUGGCAGCUUAAGUAACGGAGAUAAUAAUAUAUGUGUGAUAUUUUCUAUUGUUUUAUUUUUAGAAUAUAAUAUAAUGUUAAUUUACAAACCUA